AUUGUCAGUAAAUUUUUUUUAAAUGUUACUUUUAAUAAUUCGUGGAAACAUAAAUAAAUACGAAUAUGGCUGCAUCUUCAGACGUUGCUACGAUCAGACUACAAAGAUACUUAAACAUGCCAUUGGUGCAAAGAUGCAAGGAAAUAGCAAUGUUAAUAGAUGAAUCAAGCACAACAGAAUUACAACAUGUAUUUUCAAUAUUAAUAGAUUCAUUAUUUGGGAUUACUGACAAUAUUGGUUGGGGUUUACAUAGCAUUACUUUUAAGAAAAAUGCUCAAGAAUAUGAAACACUUUGUAAUUUUCUUAAUCCACAAGGACCUGUCUUUUCACUGUGUUAUAAAUUAUUACCAGAUUGUUAUUUAAAAUAUAACUUUCCAGUUUCAUUUUUACCAGCAAAAAUACGUUUAAUGUUAGAGGAAGGAGUAAUACCACCAUUUUAUCUAGACAAAAUCAGAGAUGAUCAAAGUACACGUUGUGUAUCUGCGCUAAAUAUGAACCCCUUUGAAUAUUACAUUUUCCAUUUUGCAUAUCAUUUAACAAACCCAUGGUUACAAGUACAGCAGCAGGAGAAUGUCUGGAUUAAUUGGGAAACUGUUUAUGUUCAAUUAGCACAUUGUUACUUAUAUCAUUUUUUACCUAGAGAUAAUUCCCCUGUUUUGCCAAUAAUUAGUCCAUACAUCAGAAAAACACCUCAACGAAAACUUGUACAAUCACCUGAAUCUAAAAGAAAUUAUUAUAGAAUGCAAACACCACGACUUUUGAGAACAUCAAUAUUAUCGCCAGGAUCUCCGACUUCCACAUCAACCGUACCACAGCAACAAUGUUUGCCACAAGUUUGGAGAAGUGAAACUGUAGUUCAAGUAUUUCUUGAUUUUUGGGUAGAAUAUAUAGAAGAUGAUAAAUUAUGUUCAUCUUUAAGCACAUCAUAUUCUGCGUCCGUACCGCGUCGACAUAGCAUUCAUUCUGGAGAGCAUAUACGUCUAGUUCGAGCAUUUAUAAAAACUUUGCAUGAAUUUGCAAAUAGUGCCACAGGCGAUAAAAGUGCAAUGGAUGAACUUAAACGAAUUAUUUUACCUUCCGUCCAAGGCAAAAUUUACACAUUUCUUCGAAAAGCUAUACAUCAUUGGCCUCUAGAUAGUUCCUUUAGAUUAAUUCUUGAAGCAUGGUUAAGCUUUAUUCAACCAUGGAGAUAUUUUCCUAGUAUAACAUACACAAAAGAAGGUAAAUCUGAAGAAGAAGAAAGAGGAAAGAUACAUGAUCCAAAUAGAUGGAUGCCUUUUAUUGCACACAAUUUGUUAGCAUAUUCAGCAAUAUUCCAACAAUUACUUCCACGAUUUAUGAGGACAGAUCUUGUGGCUCCAAAAAAUGCAUUAAUGUUAUUUAGAGUUACAAAAGUUUUUUCGCAACCACAUCUAGCAAAAAUAAUAUGCGAAAUAGAAAGUCAUAUGGAUGAUGUUGGACUAAGUAGAAGUCGAUGUGUAUCCACAAAUCAAUGGGCUUCAAUUGUACGACAACAAAUUUCAGAACUAGAAGGACCAACUUAUCAAUAUAUACCAAUGUUUUCUAUGUCUACUGUAUCACAAGUCGUAUGUCUAUUAAGCACAAUUAAACAAGCAUAUUUAACAGCAACCAGUUUAAUCGAUGCAUUAGAAAAGAAACGAAAAAGUAGACGAUUUUUUUUAGCAUUAUGGGAAUUUUUUUAUGGCGAGGAUUAUUCUUCAGAUGAUGUUAGUAUAGAAGAAAGACGUCGUGUUCCUAUUUAUUUAGCAAAUGCACAGCAACAAUUAAUUGAAAUCUUCGAGAUUAAAGUAGAAGACAUUCCCCAGGUAGCUAUUGAAGCUGAUGAAGAAUAUCAUGAAAGCAUUUUAUCAACAUCUUUUUAUCACAGUCAAUCACAGAUGGAUUCUAGUUUAGAUACAAGUAAACCAGGUGUAUUUGUACCUAUUCAAAAAGAUAGACAAACAUGUCAAUAUAUCGAAUAUAUGGGUGAUCCAGAAUUACAACCAAUUCGAAGUAAUGAAUGUGCAUUACUUGUUAGGAAUUUUUAUAAACUCUGUACAUAUAUAAACAUAAAAUAUCGGCACAAGAUAACUAGAAUGUACCAUGAAAGUGGUUUUUUCGGAAACAUUUAUCGACAAAUAUUACAACCACCAACAAAAAUUGUGAAGUUACCAAAACGAACGCAAAAUGGACUUUCCUGCGGAUAUGAGGAACGUAUUCCACCUCGAUUGAGUUUGCGACCACUAGCUAAUUAUAGCUUACUUGUACCCAUAAGUCUUGGAUCAUUUAUUACUUGGUUUACAAAUUAUGGAAUCUUUAUGUUUCUUGGAUUUGUUUUUGUUAUAUGGUUCAUAUAUAUAAUAAUACGAGCAAUGUUAGAACCAUGGACUCAAUCGAACAGAAAUACAAUUAGAACGAAUAAUACGUCAUUUUCUAUGAAUUGAUCAGCUUAAAAUUGUUAUAUUGUAUAAAAAUUAACAUGUAUUCAUUGACAUGUAAUUCCAAAUAUAAAUUAUAUACAAAUUAUUUUUUGUAAUAUUAAAUAUAAUUAAAAAAAUAAUUAAA